AUGAUUUUCUCAGCUCUACGAAAACGACGAAAUAAUAAUGUUUAUCCCAUUUAUAUAAUAAUUAGUUUGGCAAUACUUGCCUUCAUAACGACCGCCGAAUCAAAUAAUAUAGUAAAAAAAGACUCUCAAAAAUUCAUUAAUUCCUUAAUAACACCGAGAGCCUUAUAUCUUCCACGCGUAAAGCGGAGUCCACUGGAAACUAAGCCGGAAGAGUGUCCUCCGUGUUUUGAUUGUCAUUUAUCAACUUUUGAGUGCUCGCAUUUCGCGAAUUGUAGUGACUUUGACGGAAAGUGCCAGUGUCCUCCUGGAUUUGGUGGGGAAGACUGUUCGAAACCUCUAUGUAAUUCUUUGGCUGAUGGACCUAAACGUCUGCCACGAGGAAUUAACCAAACUUGCGAAUGUUCUGAAGGAUGGACAGGAAUAAAUUGUAAUGUUUGUCAGACCGAUUUGGCAUGUGAUCCGCUUGUUCCGACAGGAGCGAACGGUACUUGCUAUAAGGGCGGGUUAACAGUAAACGAAAAUUUUCAGAUGUGUGAUGUCACAAAUAGGAAAAUUCUUGAUAUGCUUCCUGAUCAACCACCUCAAGUUACUUUCUCGUGUAAUCGUCCCGAGGAAACCUGUGAUUUUCAAUUCUGGAUAAAUGGAACCGAGUCCUUUUACUGUCAUCUGGACGAGUGUGCAUUCAGUCUCGACGUGACUUAUGAUAAAAAUAUCACCGCGUAUAAUUGCAAGAAUAUCAAGUGCAAGUGUAGAGAAGGUGAAAUGUUGUGUGGAAAAGAUGGAAGCAUUGGAGUCUUCCAUCUAUCCCAUAACUGGAAAUCAUCCGAUACCUACGGGCUCUUACAACUUCCUGAAGACGAGUCCUCAAAACUCAUGGCUGACCACGUUCCCGCGACACUACUUUUCCAAGACAUCAGUUACUACGUCGGCGAGAAGCAAGUCCUGAAUUCAAUACACGGGAUCGUGCAUCCCGGUGAAAUCAUGGCAAUAAUGGGUGCUUCGGGCGCCGGAAAAACCAGUUUUUUGGAUAUUUUGGCCAAAAGGAAUAAAGCUGGGCUUGUGAGUGGCGAGAUUUAUGUGAAUGGACGUGUGAUUGAUAACCAGGUGUAUAAGAGUGUUGUUGGAUAUGUGGAUCAGGAAGAUCAUUUGUUGCCUACUUUGACUGUAUAUGAAACUAUUUUGUAUUCUGCUUUAUUAAGAUUGCCGCGGGAAAUGUCGUUGGAAGCUAAAAAGUUCAGGGUACUCGAGACAAUGAGCGAACUUGGUAUUCUAGAAAUCAAAGAUUCCAAAAUUGGUGAAACUGGUCUUGACGCGUACAACGCCUACAACGUCGUCGAGUGCCUCGUUACACUGGCAAGAAACUACAAUCGCACGGUCGUGUGUACAAUCCAUCAGCCGCGAAGUAAUAUUUUUGCGUUGUUUGACCAGUUGUUGUUGCUCGCCGCAGGACAUAUGGUUUAUUCGGGGGAGACAAGCAAGUGUCAAGAGUAUUUCGAGAAUAUUGGGCAUAAGUGUCCGCUGGGCUUCAAUAUUGCUGAUUAUUUAGUGGAUUUGACAAUGUAUGCCGUAAAACCACGUGAAGAAGAAGAUAUCAUAGAUGACUUGCCCGAAGGAAAUUCCACUGCCAUAUCCCCAUCCUCAACUAAUCCUGAAUCCACUCCAGUUUCACGUUUCGUCACCAACCAUCGACCACCACUUCAUAAUCGAACAUCUAUUCAUGAUAUACAAGAUCUUCAACUUUACGCUCCACAACCACCCUCGAAUCAACAGGAACAGGAAAACACACCGUUACUGGAGUUAGAUGAGCGUCGUCAAGGAAGCACAGAUGAUAUUGGUCUAGAUGUUGAGACUGAGGGUAUGAGUGAACAUUUAAGAAUGUUGGUUGAGAGAUACCGACGAAGUUUGGUUGCUUUACAAGUGAAAGAUGAAAUAGAUCGUACUGUAAAUAGUGACGAGCAUGAUCCAGUCUUUACUUCUGAAGAAAAUGCAUCAAUAAGCUCACAUCAACGUGCAUCCUGGCUUACACAAUUUCGAAUUCUCUCGGAUCGUACAUUUAAAAAUCUAUACAGAAAUCCAAUGCUAAUGUUAACACAUUAUUGCAUCAGUGUAUAUCUAGCAAUACUGUGUGGUGCAUUAUAUUAUAAAGUAACGAACGAUAUAGCAGGUUUCCAAAACCGAAUGGGCGUGUUAUUCUUUAUGUGCGCUCUUUUCGGAUUUGGAUGCCUAAGCUCUAUCCAUAUAUUUGCUUCCGAGCGAAUAUUAUUUGUAAAAGAACGAGCUAAUGGAUAUUACGCGCCAAUAACAUAUUUCGCAUCAAAGGUUAUAUUUGAUAUAAUACCUUUACGUGUUGUUCCGCCGAUUCUGAUGGGUGUUAUCAUUUAUCACAUGGUUGGCCUGGUGAAUGGCACAAGCGAAUUCCUUAAAUUCAUACUGGUCUUGGUGUUAUUCAAUCUUACGGCCGCUAGCAUAUGUCUGUGUAUCGGAAUACUAUUUAAAGAAGUUGGCGUUGCUAGUCUGCUCAGCAGUUUGAUUAUGCUGUUUAGCAUGUUGUUUGGUGGAUUGUUUUUGAAUAAAGAAUCUAUACCUGAAUAUCUGGCAUGGUUGAAACACUUCUCAUUCUUUAAUUAUGCUUUUGAGGCGUUAAUCGUCAACGAAGUUGUGUAUUUGCAACUCACAGAACAGAAAUUUGGGCUUUCGAUUGAUGUUCCUGGUGCAACGAUAUUAACGACUUUUGGAUUCGACGCGUCUGCUUAUUGGACAGACGUACUAAAACUCUCCACGUUAUUUGUAUCAGCUCUUGUACUCUCGUUUAUAUGUCUACAAUUCUUUGUUAAAGAAAAACGCUGA